AUGAUGAACAACGGCACAGAGAGCAUAGAGCAACCGCCGUUCUAUAUUCUCGUCUCGCAUUCCGCUCAUGCGACGACCUCAUCAGCACCAACGACAACUCUUUCCCAUCCCAUCAUCGAGUACCACUAUGCAAACGAAGGCUCGCCGCACGAUCUUCUUCCUCGUACCCCUGGAGAACAGGUCUUGAUCCUGGACUACGAGCCUUCUCAGAUCGCAAAUAUAUUUUCCAGAAGUGUUGCAGGAAACACUGCUGUUACGGGCGUAAAAGUCACAGACGCACCAGGGGCUGGAGGAGCUGAUGUAGUAGACCCAUCCAGAAACAAUAAGAUGUACAUCAUCGAAACCAUGGCAUUACAGGAAGACAAGUCUGCAGCAGAUGCCAUGAGUCCACAAACAGCUCUCGCUCGAUUUAAGCAGAGGAACGCAGUGAUCCGCCAAGUGCUUGACUACGGUGAACCGGGCGUGCAGCUUCCGGGGUCGUCCACCGCAGGAGUGGUUCCUGGGUUUAAUGGGACAGACUGGCCACUCAGACAGUCAAAUUCUGCUUCUUGA